UGCCAGAAAUCCAGGUUUUCGGCAAAAAUCGACAAAAAUCAAACGAAAAAUGGUGCAAUCGACCACGGAAAUCGAGGAAAAGGUCAUUCAAGCGAUCAAUAAGGCCAUCGGAAGUGACGUCGAGAAUCUCCAUCAUGCCAAAAGGCUCAUCCAUCACUACAAAAUCGAGUUGGAGCAUCUCGAGACGAAGUUGACGUCGCGCGAAGACACACAAUUGGCAAAAGGCUUGGAAAAUCUAACAAAAUACGCGGAACAGAGCGACGAAAAGUUACAAAAAGUUGAAGAAUUUGCCACGAGGCUUCAAGCAAAAAUUUCGCACAACAAGGAAAUUCUCGAUUCGGUGAGCGACACGACAGAAGCGAUUUUAAAACUCCAACAUUCUGUCGGUUACUUCAAAUUAAUCCGAGAAAUUCAGGAUAUCAGUCAGGAAUUGAGUCAAGCUGUCAAGGGAACGGACGAAGCGAAGCAAGUUGAACUUUAUCUCUCGCUUUGUGGCGACUCGUAUUCCUUAGAUAACGUUCUUGGGCGAACUUUUGAAACGGAUGCGCCCAAUUUGAAGCUCUUUGCACGUCGAACUGCCUUUUAUUGGCACGAUAUUUUGCGUGAAAAGUUCUCGAAGGACUUUGAAAAGAUCCUCAAGUCGCUGAAAUGGCCUCAAAUGGAGCUUUGGAAUCCGUCGCGCGACACAUUUGCGCGAUUGCAGGAGCUGGCGGUGUAUUUGUUCAUGGUAAAAGUGCCCGGAGACAAGGGAUUGAUGAAUCUGAAGCUCACGCCGUACGUUAUUUGUCCUCCGCUGACGGCGCCAAUUGAAGUUUUGUUGAAGAGUUUUAGAGAAAGAUUCGCUUAUCACUUUAAUGGAAAUAGAGAAACGAAUAGAUUGGAUAAGCCUGAGUGGUAUUUGACGCAGAUUCUGGCGUGGGCGAACGAAAAACACGUUUUUGUGAGUCAGAAUUUUCAGUUGGCGGCAGUUAAAGCGGGAUUGACUGACACGGAUGUCAGGAUCGAAUUCAUUCGUGGCUUAGUUCAGCUCGGCGUUCAAAAAUUAUGCGACGACAUCGAGACCAUCAGUGAUGACGACUCCCUUUUCAGCCACUUACUUGACGAAGUCUUGUCUUUUGAGCAAGAAUUGGAUGCCGUUAUCGAAGUUAAGCGCCCAAGUGACUUCCCGAGCCUCAUAACUGUCAUCACUCAACCUCAAUAUCUCUCGAAAUGGCUUUCAAUCGAAGAAAUUUUUGCCUUCGAAAAAAUGGACAUAAUCCUGCAACAAGAAUCCGCUUUUGAGUGUUUGGAGCCUUCAAACACGGAAAAACUUAAAAUUCCUCGAUGCGCGGACCAAUUUAUUCGCUUGUUGGAUGCUAUUUGUGAGAGAUAUUCUCUUUUACCUCAACCCGCACAUCGAAUAAAAUUCUUGAAUCUUCAAAUGGAGUUAAUUGACAACUUUCAACGACGUUUGGUGCAGUUGCAUAAUGACCAACGGAACAAAAUUAACUCAGUUGACAUCCUAAAUGCCUUGAAUUACGUCAUUUUUGUGUUGCGCGAAUGGGGCGAAAGUGUUCAUUACUUGCAUUUGCUCUCGGCGUGGCAUGGACCCAACGUCGACAACAUAAAUUCCGUGUUUGAAGUCAUAAUUAAGGAAUUGGAGCAUUGGCAAUCGAAAUUAACAAAGGCCUUAGCAGCUCGAGUCGUCGACGAUAUCAAAGCCAAAUCAAUGUCAUAUCGACACGAUAAUUGGUCGUCGAUGCCGGAGCACGAUCCCAAGGUCCCCAUGAUGUUAUCUCACACCGCAGGCGAAAUGUUUCAACUUUUCGUCACAAUCCUCCACGAACUCGAAAGUAAACUCUCGGAAAACCUUUUUUCGCAGUGUUUGAGACGCGUUGCCAAACAACUCGACGACUUUUUCAUCGAUUCCAUGGUAAUGAUGACGAAUUUCUCCCCGGCAGGUGCCCAUCAAUUCAAUUUCGACAUGACACGGAACCUUUUUGCCUUAUUUGGACUUUAUGCGAGGAACCCGUCGCAACUUUUCAAGAGUAUCAGUGAUGCCUGUGUGCUGCUGACACUCCCUCGGGGCACGGCAAUGUUGCUGCGAGACACAAUAAUCAAAGCGAAACCCGUCAGUGAGACGUCGCGAGCUGCCUUGCAAGAGCUGGGAGUCAUUUUCAUGGAGCCCGUGACUGCCUUGGAGAUUCUGGAGAGACGAAUAGAUCUUACAAGUUGAAAUUUCUUGUAAAUUGUUGGUUUUUUAUUACAUCGUCAUAUAAAUAAUUUAUAUAUAUAGAGUUUUUGAUUAAUAUAUUAAAUGUAAAUGUAGGUGAGAAUGUGUAUGAAAAAGUCAUAAAUAUUAUUUUUUUUUGUUCUCUUCUUUUUUGUAUGUUAAGAUUAUGCAGGAAUUACAAUAAAAAAUGCUAACAUUCUA